CCACCCCCCUCUCCCCCACACACACCCAUGGCUUCCCGUGCUGCUGUUGCUGCCGUCGCAGACCUGGCAAAGGUCGUCCGCGAGGUCCGCUUCCACUUUUGUGAAUACUCGUCAGCCUCUGAGCCCAUGCGCAACUACGUGGCCUCCAACUACGUCGCGCUGAAGAAGGCCAACCCGGAGGUGCCGCUGCUGGUCCGCCCGGCGCCCGGCGUCUCCCCGCACAUUGUCCUUCGCCUGCCCAAGGGCGUGGAGACCACCAUUCCGCUCGCUGACGCUGCCGACCCGGCCGACAUUGCCGACCGCCUCACCACCACCAUCAAGACCAUCUAA